AUGGCGGACGGGGACGCUGCGCCGCUCCGCCCGCGCGGCCCCGGCGGCCCCGGCAGCGACAGCGCCGAGCCCGCGGCCAAGCGGCACCGCCGCGGAUCGGGGAGCGCCGCGCCCGCUCCGCGCCCCGACCGCGCCGCGGGGCCGCCGCCCGCGCCCACCGCCGCCGUGCCCGCGGAGCCGCCGGGGGAGGAGGCGGCCGCGGCGGCCGAUGGCGGCCGGGCGGAGCGGGAGGAAGGCGGCGAGGCGGCGGCGGCGCGGAGCGGCGCGGACGGCGGGGCCGGGCUGCGGGGCCUGCCCCGGGCGGAGCCGCCUCCGCGGCGGGACCAGGGGGAGGGCGCGGAGGCGGCGCCCGGCGAAGACGCGGCGGAGGCGGCCCCGGGCUGCGGGCGGGCGCAGUGUUCGAACGGGGCGGCCGCGGUGCCGGCUCCGCAUCCCGAUAACUUCCUGCUCAGCGAUGAAAUCAUUGCCAAUGGCUUCCACUCCUGUGACAGUGAUGAAGAAGACAGAGCCUCACACGCCAGCUCCAGUGACUGGACCCCAAGACCACGGAUAGGUCCCUACACUUUUGUUCAGCAGCAUCUCAUGUUAGGUACAGACCCACGGACGAUUCUGAAGGACCUGCUCCCAGAAACCAUCCCCCCACCUGAGCUGGAUGACAUGACUCUGUGGCAGAUAGUGAUAAACAUCCUUUCAGAGCCACCAAAGAGGAAGAAGAGGAAAGACAUUAACACCAUUGAUGAUGCUGUGAAACUUCUGCAGGAGUGCAAGAAGGUCAUGGUGUUGACUGGGGCUGGGGUGUCAGUGUCUUGUGGAAUACCUGACUUCAGAUCCAGAGAUGGCAUCUAUGCACGCCUUGCUGUGGACUUCCCAGACCUUCCAGAUCCUCAAGCAAUGUUUGAUAUAGAAUACUUCAGAAAGGACCCCAGGCCAUUUUUUAAGUUUGCAAAGGAAAUCUACCCAGGACAGUUCCAGCCAUCCCUCUGUCACAGGUUCAUCGCUUUGAUGGAUAAAGAGGGAAAACUCCUUCGCAACUACACCCAGAACAUAGACACACUGGAGCAGGUGGCAGGCAUCCAGAGGAUAAUCCAGUGCCAUGGUUCCUUUGCAACAGCUUCCUGCCUGAUCUGUAAAUACAAAGUUGAUUGUGAAGUUGUUCGAGGAGAUAUUUUCAAUCAGGUGGUGCCCCGCUGUCCCCGCUGUCCCCCCGAGGAGCCCCUGGCCAUCAUGAAGCCGGACAUUGUGUUCUUUGGGGAGAACCUGCCUGAGCAGUUCCACCGUGCCAUGAAGUACGACAAAAAUGAAGUGGAUCUCCUCAUUGUCAUUGGGUCUUCACUCAAAGUAAGACCAGUAGCAUUGAUCCCAAGUUCCAUCCCCCAUGAAGUGCCUCAGAUCUUAAUCAAUAGGGAACCUUUGCCUCAUCUUCACUUUGACGUGGAGCUUCUCGGAGACUGUGACGUUAUCAUUAAUGAAUUGUGUCAGAGGUUGGGCAGUGAGUACACAAAACUUUGCUACAACUCGGUGAAACUUUCGGAAAUCACAGAGAAGCCCCCGCGGCCGCACAAGGAGCUGGAAGCGCUCUCGGCUGAGCUCCCCCCAACCCCUCUGAACAUUUCAGAAGGCUCCAGCUCACCAGGGAGGAUGAGCCCACCCAGUCCUGCCGUGGUGUCACAACGCCCCCCUGAAUGUAAGCUAGAAAACUGUGAGCCUGCCUCUGAAACUAAAGGGACCUGCUCAGAGGAGAUGCUUCAGGACACACAGGUGUCAGCAGAAAACCCUGAAAAUCCUGCUAGUGAGCUAAUGAACUCUGAAACAAUGAAGGAAAAUGGAUCUAAUGAUGGAGAAAAUAAAGAAAAGAGUGAAAUAUUGAAGAAGUGUUGGGUAAACAGAUCUGCAAAAGAACAGAUUAGCAAAAGGCUGGAUGGCUCCCAGUAUCUGUUCCUGCCGCCCAACCGCUACAUCUUCCACGGCGCCGAGGUGUACUCGGACUCCGAGGACGACAUCAUCUCCUCCAGCUCCUGCGGCAGCAGCAGCGACAGCGGCUCCUGCCGCAGCCACAGCCUGGACGUGGAGGACGAGAGUGAGAUGGAGGAGUUCUACAACGGCAUCGAGGAUGAGGACGCUCCCGAGCGCGAAGAGGAGCCUGGCUUCGGGGAGGAUGCAGCCGAGCAGGAGGAGUUGGCAGCCGAGGAAUCGGCGGAGACCAGCGAGGCCGCAGGGAGGGAACGGCCGCGCAACGCGCCGUGAAGCGAUCGCCGAUGGUUACAGGAACUUCCCACCAGCAAUAGGAGCUUUGGCAUGUCAGAAUGAAUGUUUACGUCUGAAUUUAGAGCAACAAAACCAUAAGGAUGUAGUGUUUAUAAAUAACUAAAACAGAUUUUCAUGCUUAGUUUUUUACCUUUUUCAAUAAAAAUCUAUUACUGCGCACUCAACACUAACUCAUCUUUUUUUUAAGGUACUAGGGUUAUCUAAACAACUGUCACUAUGUUCACUUUUAAUUUCAUCUGUCUGAUCAGGCAUCCAUGUAUAUAAUACAUAUUUUUGCUUAAUAAAUUUCAGCUUAUAUUAUUUUUAAACAGUUUUGAAAAAGCCAUUGGAAUGUUAAACUAAUAUAAAGGGAACAGCUAAUUUAGACCAAAGAAUGGUACUUUCACACCUCUUGCUUUGUAACACUUUGGUUUAUUUAAAAUCUUCUCACGCUUCUGCUAAACCUUUCAUUCACGCCUAGUCUGUCAUUAAACACUGGCAUUUUCUAAGA